AAACCUCUGAUCUGACGAAAGCAAGUAUCGAAUUACACUCCAGAAAGUUGUAUUUUAGAUAUCUGCUGUUAUUUGAUCACAUUACGAGUCACAAAUUCGGACGCCCAUCGAUAAAUUUAACACGCAGACAUCAUGGCUACCUUGGACGUGGAAGCACUCCUGGACGCCACUGCGAAGGACACCGCCGAGCAGAAGACUAAGAGCCCUGUAGAGGAUAGAACAAGGGAUGAGCCUGAACGAAGGGAGCGCGAUCGUGGUGGCCGUGAUCGAGAUGGAAGCCGACAUCGCGACCGCGACCAUGGUCGACGCCGAGACCGCCGAGACAGCCAAAACCGAAGCCGUAAAGGCACCCCCGACGUAGGAACACCACGAAGCGAUGCUGGCAGCCACAAGAGUAGGAGAAGGAGCCGCAGCCGUGACAGUGACCGCCGUCACACGCGCCGAAACAGAGAUGGCGAUUACUACCGUGGCGGACGACGCUCACGCUCACGAUCUCGUUCCCCUUACCGUCAUUACCGACCUCGUGAUGAUCGAGAGCCCCGUGAACGAAGAGAUCGCGGUGACCGACGAAACCGGGACUUUGGGCGCGGUCGGGAUGACGAUCGUCGGGAAACAAAACGCGAAGAAGGCAACCCGCAGCUUACUGAAGACGAACGAGAUCGACGCACUGUGUUCGUUCAGCAGCUUGCCGCUCGUCUCCGCACCCGCGAACUAAAGGAGUUCUUUGAAAGGGUUGGACCUGUCAAUGAGGCUCAGAUUGUCAAGGAUCGUAUCAGUCAAAGAUCCAAGGGAGUUGGUUAUGUCGAAUUCAAGAACGAAGAAUCUGUUACCCAGGCACUUCAACUUACUGGACAAAAACUCCUAGGUAUCCCCGUCAUCGUGCAGGUGACAGAAGCCGAGAAGAACCGACAGGCACGAAACCCUGAAGCUUCAGGGCCCCAUCCCAAUUCUAUUCCGUUCCACCGCCUUUACGUCGGCAACAUACAUUUCAACGUUACCGAACAGGACUUGCAAGCUGUCUUUGAGCCCUUUGGCGAGCUCGAGUUCGUUCAGCUCCAAAAAGAUGAGAACGGUCGCAGUCGCGGCUAUGGUUUUGUCCAGUUCCGUGAUGCUGGCCAGGCACGAGAGGCAUUGGAGAAGAUGAAUGGCUUUGAUUUGGCCGGACGUCCUAUUCGUGUCGGACUCGGAAACGAUAAGUUUACCCCUGAGAGUACUGCCAACAUGUUGCAGAGAUUUUCCGGACAGAACCAGCAAAACCCUAACUUUCAGGGCUCUGCGUUCUCUGGUUCUGGCGGACGUGGCCCUCAAAACUCUACUUUCGACCGAGCCGGUGGUCGAGAUAAUGAGAAGACAGGAGGUGCCAGUGCUCUUGAUGAUACCGAUGUCGCUGGUGUCAACUUUAACAACUAUAGUCGCGAUGCAUUGAUGAGGAAGCUUGCUAGAACGGACGAUUCGGCCCCCACCAAUGGCCACGAAGAACGACAAGUCCUCAAACCCAAGAUGGAGACGAAGCCAUUGCCUGUUAAUGUCAACAUGGCCAGUCGAUGUGUGGUUUUGCACAACAUGUUUGACCCCGAAGAAGAAGAAGGCACCGACUGGGUCAAGGAGCUUGAGGACGAUGUUCGUCAAGAAGCCGAGAGUAAAUAUGGACACGUCGUCCACAUCUCGGUUGAUCCGAACUCCAAGGGUGACAUCUAUCUCAAAUUUGACAAAGUCCAGGGCGGCGAAAAUGCCAUCAAGGGCCUCAACGGCCGAUACUUCGGCGGACGAAUGAUCGACGCGUCACCUGUUGUAGAUGCCGUCUACAGCAGUUUGUUCUCUCGUACCCGGGCAAUUUGAAGCUAAUGUUUGGCUUGUCAACAACGCUCUUUAGGACUCUUGCAGGUUAGCAGAGUCCACAUGAACUGGCUGAAGAGCAUCACUAAGAUUUUGGUCAUCAACAGACUUGAAGUCUCCGCUUCUUCCAGAAAUCUCCGAUGUCGUUCUCAUACGCGCUUCCGCGGCGCGAUACAUUCGCCAUCACCGCCAAAAAAAAAUUACGACUCGCAUUGCAUGCAUCAAGGUUCCCAAAAUUCAGCAUCGCAAAUCUUUUUAACCAUUACGGUGUCGCAGGUUCUCAUCCCUCAGUCCCGACUUACUUUGUCUGGAAGACUCGACGCGCACGCGCCCCUAUUAGGAUCUAUUAUCGAUCUCCAGGUUCAGCACUCGUUCAGUCGCAAGGACCAAUACUGAUGUCUUGUACCCUAGGAUGGCCCUUCCCCUUGAUUUAAGGGGCAGCACCCCAGACCUGCGCCUUUGUUUGUCAUAUGAAUAGUUUGUUUCGAAAUAUAGAAUGUAUUGAAAGUAAUAAUCG